AUGGCUGUAGCAUGGUGGGUUUUACAAAUUGCUGCUAACGAAGAAAAACAUUUGUUAAGAAUAGAAAGGCGACAACUGCGUGAUGCAACUAAUCCUUUCGGUAUUCCAGAAUCGCAAUUUAUUUCUUUAUAUCGGCUUCCGAAAGAUGCUGUAUUGACAUUAUGUGAAAACAUACAACCUUAUGUGCAGAGAGCUAUAAGACCAACAGCAAUCCCAUUCGAAUUAAAGGUUUUAGCAACAUUAAGUUUUCUGAGUUCAGGAUCUUAUCAAAGAAGAGUUGGACAAGAUUUUUUCAGUUGCAUGUGCCAGGCAUCUAUUAGUGGUGCAAUACAUGAAAUUGUAAAUGCAAUAAAUGCUAUUAUGCCGCAAUGGAUAAAGUUUCCUGUACAAGCUAAUGAGAUUGAAGCAAUCAAACAACAAUUCUGGAUUAAUACUAAUUUUCCAGGCGUUAUAGGAGCUGUUGAUG